CACAAGCGGCUAGUUCAACUCGACAGAAGAGAGGCUAACAACAACAACAAUAACAAGUGUGUUAACCAGCUCACAACUGCUUCUUUGAUACAAUAUAAUAAUUAUAGGUAUAGUUAAAAAAACAAAACAACACUUGCUGGUUGUUUUCCAGCUUUUAUAACUGUGCUUUGUCAACGGUGUGUCUACUUAGCUCUAUCGCUGUGAACUUGUGCUAGUCUGCUAGGUACAUUUAGCUUUAGAUUUGACUAUGAUGAUAAUGGCUCCAGUUUGCAUACGUUACUUUUGACGGUUACGCUAUCUUCAGUACAAACGGCUUAAUAACGGUUUACACUGCAUGUCAUCGUCAUGGGAGACAAGGAGCUGAGUCUUAUUGACAAAAAGAUAUCAAGCCUGCUGGAUGUCCCCCUGAGUCCCACUGUAACAUCACUGAAUCUGCACUGCAAUCACAUCCCAGGGAUCGAGGGCCUGACCUCAGCUUGGCACCUGCGACACUUAGACCUUUCCUCCAAUUGCAUUUCUAAGAUUGAGGGUCUAAGCUCCCUGACUGCCUUAAGGACUUUAAAUUUAUCCUGUAACUUAAUCACGAAGGUUGAAGGACUGAAUGGCCUCGUGAACCUAACAAGAUUAAACUUGUCCUACAAUCAGAUAAACAACCUCACUGGGUUACUCUAUCUUCAUGGCACGGGAUACAAGCUGAAGCACCUUAGUCUCCAUAGCAACAACCUGGACAACAUUGAUCACGUCCUGCAGUGCCUGCUGGGAUUGCAAAGUUUAAGAGAGGUCACUUUGAGCCAGGAUGGCAGAGACAACGCUGUGUGUAUGUUGCCAGGUUACAGGGAGAUUGUUAUUCAGUCCUUGCCACAGAUCUCUUCUCUGGAUGGAGUGGACAGGUUGGGAAAUCCAUCAGCUGUAGGUCUCGGGAGUCCCUGUGAUAUCCCCGGUCUGGAAGACUAUGUGGACCUCUUACUUUCCUCAGAUACCAGUCACAACGAAGCGGUUAGAGAGGAUGUCCAUCUCACCACACCCCGUAUCGAUGAGGUGCUGAACCAAUUUCGUCAACGGAUUGCCUCCGAAGUAAUCUCAGAUCCAGUUGCACAGGUUCGCUUGUCUGUGGCCGAUCCAGCAGACCCAGCUAAUGAACAACGCAUCAGGAAACUGGAGCACCAGGUGUCCCAGCUCAUCCAGAAGGCCCCUACAUGUGACAAAUCUAGUAGCUCUACUGUGGUGACAGUACGGAAAGCCAAGAGGGACACAGACCGCACUUCAGAGAGUGAGUGUGACAGCGGGAAGGAAAACAGGAGGCGCACCAGGAUCCCCAAACAUCGAAGCAGCAUUACAUCAAGAACGACCACCAAGGAAACCAGGGGCCGAAGAUCAGACAGCGAUCAGGAGAAUCAUAAACAGAGGAGUUCAAAGUCUGCUGAGGGGCUCAGAAGGAAGGCUGGUGGUACAGGAGGGAAAAACGCAGCGGGGCCGAUGAGUAAGGGAGCUGUGAGAGCUGCGAAGGCCUCAGGCGAUGUCAGAACCAAGUCCACUGAAGAGCAGGAAACCUACAGGACUAUUGUGGAAGAGCGUGACCAGGAAAGGGAGAGGCGUUGGAAGGCUGAGCAGGCUGCGAGGAAACUAACCGAGGAUCUAAAGUGCCUGCAGACGAAGAUCAGCGAGGAAAAAGACCUGCAGAGCAUGGCCCUGCACACCACCGACAGACUGAAAGAAUUGUUGCUGAAGGAGCGAUCGGGGCGAUCUGAACUGCAGGCUCGGGUAGAGGAGCUGGAGGGGAAGAGUCAGUCCCAGAGCCGGCAGCUGGAGCAGGCCAGCAGCAGUGAAGAACAGCACAAGACUGCACUGCACAGACUGGAGGAGAGCAUCUCCCAGGGAGAGGCUCUCAGGGUUCGCCAGCAGGCUGAGGAGAUGAAGCGGCACCAGCAGCUGGAGAACAAGGCAGGAGCUCUGAAGAGAGAGUCGGACAUCCUGAGAGCGUCAGUCCGUCAGCACAAAGACAAACUGCAACAGCUGCAUGAACUGCUGGCGGUCAGGGAGCAGGAGCACAGAACACAACUGGAUUUGCGGUUGCAGCCUGGCGGGGCAGAUUUCCGAGAGGCAGUGGCUAAAGAGGUUGCAUCAGUGGAAGAGAGACACGGCCACAGGGUGCUGGAGCUGCAGGAGAAACUAGAAGAAGGCAGGAAACACUACGCAGCUCUGGAGGAUGAAUUUCGCAUGGCACUGACCAUCGAGGCUGCUCGCUUCUCUGAGGUAAAGGACGCUUGUGAUCAGAUGACUGCCGAGCUGCUGGGGCUCAAGGCGACCCUGGCCCAGUCCCAGCAGAGGGAGAAGAAAUCUGCCUCUCUGGUGCAGGAGCUCACGGCCAUGGUCAAAGAACAGAAGAACCGCAUCACUGAUCUUAUCAAAGCCAAGAAAGAAGCUGUCACAGCUCUGAAGAGCCGUCUGCAUUCCUUGGAAGCAGAGGCAGAGCAGGACCGGCGUCUCAGCCUGCAACUCGAGCUGCUGAAGAAAGACAAGGGACGACUGUUGUCUCAGCUCACAGCUCAGGAGUCUGUGAUCGACGGCCUCAGGGCCGAGAGGAGGAUCUGGGGCCAGGAGCUCGCUCAGCAAGGAGCGUCCCUGUCUCAGGAUCGUGGACGCCUGGAGGGCAGGAUAGAGGUGCUGGGCGCUGAACUGGAGAGUCAGAAGAAACAGAACGAGAGAGACACUGAUGCCCUUAAAAUCAAAACCAAAAUCAUUGACGACCAGACAGAGACCAUCCGCAGACUCAAAGAGUCUAUGCAGGAGCGCGAUGAUCAGAUACGCAGGCUGCGCGAUGAGGCGAUCCAAGCUCAGAAGAGGUUCCAGAAGCAGCUGGAGGAGGAGACCUCUGAGCAGGCUGAGCUGAGGGAGCGAGUGGAGCAUCUGAGCCUGCGCAAGGAGGAGCUCAAACAGCAGCUGGAGGACAAGGACGCAAAGCUUGAGGAGAUCAAAAGAGCUUACAGUGAUUCCAGUAAGAAGUGGCAGGCGAAGGCCGACCUGCUGACUCGGUUGGAGAGCCAGGUGAAGAGCAUGAAGGAGAGCUUUGAUUCCAAGGAACGCUUGCUGCUGGAAGAAAGGGAUAAAGCAAUCGAAGCACAAAAAGCUGCAGUAGAUAAAUUACACUGUGUGGAUGAUGCAUUUCGUCGACAGCUAGAGUCUGGUCAAGCCUCUCAUCAAGCUGAGCUGCUACGACUGGCAAAUGAUAAGCAGAAAAAGAUUGAACUGGCCAAUCAGAAGGUGUAUGAGGUAGAGGAGGAGAUGCGUCAGCUCCUGGAAGAGACGGAAACUAUGAAAAGAAUCAACGAAGAGAAAAUGAAACGUCUCACAAGUGUACUAAAAGACUUUUAACACAUGACAUAUGACUUCUUUACUGCCAUGGCAACUUUAAACCCACAGGAGUUUUUUUCACGUUAAGUUAUUUAUGUUUUUUUGUAUAUCAUGAUUUAUUUUAUAAAUUCUCUCUUGAGCAUAUUUGUUUUUUAUUAAAGAGCAUUUUCACAUUAAAAUGUCUAGUACCACGA